AUGUCUUCUAAAGAAAAUGUGAAGAAGAAGCAAAAGCCUUUACUAUCAACUCACGCCCUUAUCUUGUCUAAACACUUGAAAAAAGUUUACCCUGCUGAGCUUCAGAAAACUAGCUCACUUCUCUCCAUCUCUUCACUUUCGUCGUCGACCCUUUCGCGCAACUCAAGUACUACUGAUGGAUCAUUCACUGAUUCUUCUUCUUCUUCUACGGUGGACCAGGCCAUCUCGUCCGUGCUACACCUCAUUGCCCCACAACCUGCUAGAAGAUCAGAUGUCACACCAACAACGGCUAAAACUACUAGUACAACGCCUGUUCUUGUUGAAGUACUCGUAGUAAAUAUUGAUCCGGUUCCACAACCGUGUCUGGUUCCUGAUCAAGAAACUACUACUUGUGAGGAAAACGUGAAAAGAUGCAACUGGAUUACGAAAACUAGCGAUAAACUAUAUGUUCAAUUCCAUGAUGAGUGCUGGGGAGUUCCGGUUUAUGAUGACAACCAUUUGUUCGAGCUGCUUUCACUGUCAGGGAUGCUGAUGGAUUACAAUUGGACACAAAUUCUAAAACGAAAGCAACUUUUCAGGGAAACUUUUGCUGGAUUUGAACCAAACAUUGUUGCGAAAAUGGGAGAGAAAGAGGUAACCGAAAUAGCAUCAAACAAGGAAAUUAUGUUGGCUGAAAGUCGAGUUAGAUCCAUUAUUGACAACGCCAAAUGCAUCUUAAAGAUUGCGAAACAACAUGGAUCGUUUAGCGGAUACAUGUGGGGUUGUGUAAACUACAAACCAAGUAUAAACAGAUACAAACAUGCAAGAAAUGUGCCAUUAAGAACACCAAAAGCAGAAGCUAUUAGCAAGGACUUGUUGAAGCAUGGCUUCCGAUUCGUGGGUCCAGUUAUUGUUUAUUCUUUCAUGCAGGCUGCUGGAAUGAGCAUUGACCAUCUUGUUGACUGCUUUAGGUUUGAUGAAUGUGUUAACCUUGCUGAAAGACCAUGGAGGCAUGUCUAAUUAUAAUUAUUAUACUCUUAUUUAUAAUAAUUAUGUAACUAUCCAAUAAUUAUUGUAUUAAUAAUUCCAUUAACCUUAUAUUUGUAAGGGAUAAUUAAAGGCUGUUGUCCCUAAUCGUUUGAUUCACAAAAUAUGAACAAGAGAGAAUAUACUAGAAAUAUAUAACCGUAUGUGAUAGAUAUGAAAUU